CCCUUCCUUCCUUCCAGAGUCUACUCCUCCCCCCAGAUCACCAAACCCGCCCCGAAAUCGAACCCAGAUUUGCGCCGAGGGAGCGCGUCGACGUCGCGCCCAUGGCCGCCGCCGCCGCCGCCGCGUUCUCCAUCAGGGAGUACGCGGCGAGCAUGAGGUGCAAGACAUCGGCGGAGGGGCGGCGCCUCUUGGGCGUCGAGGAUCUCCCGCCUCUCAGGGCGCCGAGGUGCCGGUGGUGGGCGGACGAGCUCGCCUCCACCGUGGCUGCUGCAGCUGCGGCGGCGUCCCCGAGGAGAGCGCCAGGGAAGACGAAACCGCCGAAGAAGAGGUCCAUCUCUGACCUCUUCGCCGCGGCGCCCCCCUUGGCUGUGCCCCCCGCCGGUGAUACGGGAUGCAAAGAGCAAGCGGAGGUGGACGGCGACGAGGUGCUGUGCGCGAUCGCGAGGCGGGCCAAGGAGGAGAAGAAACGAAAGAGAAAGCUGCAGGAGGAGGAGGAGGGGCAGAAGGAGGAGACGGUGGCAGUGGCUGCCGCGCCGGAGAGCAGCGGAGGCCGAGAGCCCGAGGGGAAUUUCGCUGCCACAAAGGAAGUACUUCACAAUCCAAACCUGUUUGAUGGACUGGAUACCCACUCAUCACAGAAACCUGAGGCUCCACAACAUCACAGAGAAGAGAGAGAAAAGAUGUCUGAGAGAAGGAAGCAGUGGAAGAUUAAUAAUAUAAAUAAGAAGAAGGCUGACACACAAAAGCAUAUCGACAACAAUAAAGCUGACAAAGUGGGGAAACAGCGAGAUCUGGAAAGUUUUAUCCCUAAGCAUGGCAUUCUAAAGUGCACAAAGCACACAUCAGUGAAAAUGGUCAAGGAGAAACGUGGCAAUUCAGAGGGCAAGGAAGUAAUAGAACUUUGCCGCAAAUCAGUGAAACGUGUCAAAUUCUCAGAAGCAGAUGCUAUACUUGAGCUACCAGAACGACAAAGUCUCUGUAAGAUCUUUUCAGAUGCUAUGGCUUCUUCAUCGUCAUCCUCGUCAUCAUCAUCAUCAUUCACGUCUACCGAAGGAGACAAAUGCAUAACUUCAGAAAGUGGUAGUUCUCAUAUGCCCAUGGAAGCUUUCACUAAGGCAAAAGAAGCAAAUAAGAAUCCAGAGCAUGAGGAUUCUCCUGACAAAUGCAUAACUGCAGAAAGUGGUACUUCUCAUAUUCCCAUGGAAGCUUUCACUAAGACGAAAGAAGCAAAUAAGAAUUCAGAUCAUGAGGAUUCUCCUGAGCCUGGUAACAGGGAGAUGUCCGCUUCUCUGAUUGAUCUGAAUAUGGCGCUACCGGAAUCUACUGAAUUGGACCAAAGGUAUGAUUCAUAUUCAGAGGUACCAAACCUGGAGCAUACACAUGAGGAAACCUUAAGUUCUGAUGUCCAAUUGCUUGAUGGGAGAGAAAACCGGAUGAAUUUUUCUGUUGAUUCACACAGACUGGAUAGCGAACAAUCUACUGCUGACUUGGAAAGAAUAACGAAUUCAAGUUCGGCAGGCACAUUUUUGCAUGGUGAGGUGAUAAAAGUUUCUGAUACAGAUGCUGCUGUUCCUCCAUUGAGCUUAACUGAACAUGCUGAGGCUCAUCGUGGUUGCAGUAAUGUUUCAGUAAAAGAUACUAUGACUAUGAGUACGUCUCCUUGCGCAUUGCCAGAUCAUACAUUUCAGGGUUCAUUUCGGCAGCACCAGAGUUGGUUUUCUACCAGCGGCAAAUUCUCUUCCUGGCCAUCUCAUGAAUCUAAUGUGUCGCAAAGUAAGGAGUUAAAUUUUCGUUCUAAGUUGAACGUGCCGCGUGAGAAUGGACCUUCCACAGGACAGACAGUUCGUUUGAUGGGUAAAGAUCUUUCAGUUUGCACUACCAGAGCUGAAUCAUUUUCUGAGACUGCGCAGAAGCAUACAGGUACUUUCACCAAUGACUAUCUGAACGUAAAUGUGUUCUUGCCACAACAAGGACGGCCUUUUCUCUCUUUACAAGCCCAGAAUUUCCCAAAUGAUACAGUAAAUUCUACCAGUAUAAUUCAUGCUCCAACAUAUAAUGCAAGUGGAAGUCAGGUACGGACUACACAUGGUUACAGCCACCAUUUGCCGGCAGCUAAUGUACUUUCUGGAGAUCAGUUGCCAUAUGAAAACAGGUUUAUUGAUUUUUCGAACUCGAAGACCAAUCGGCCUUUUCUAUUGGGGUGCCCACCUCCUUCCAAUCAUGGCAGUGCAGCAUUCCAACAGAAUUCCCGGUCGAGCUGUUAUUACUCUGAUUCUAUCACUAGGACAGAACCACCCACAGCACCACCUUUGCCUACAAGCAGACAGCAUGGUACACCAUCUUCAGGUUUCCAAGCCAAUUUGCGUCAGCAACAUGUUGUGCAUCCAGCAAGCUCGUCAGUUUGUCAUCUUAAUUCUGUGGGUUUAACAUUCAACCAUCCAGAUCCGGUAGUUCAAGUACCUUCCAACAGCAUAAGAGAUGCGACCCUUUUGGCCAGAAAUACAGAUAACAGAGUGGGGAGUGUUAUUCUUGGCAAUUCCAAUACUUCACCUAGUGGCCGCUAUGUGCAGAAGAGAUCAGGCCCAGUGAAGCUUACUCCUGGGGCGAAGCAUGUACUGGUGCCAAACAAUAGCACAGGUGACGGCGAUUCUGCACCUGUGUACUCCUGUGUUUCGUUCGCAAGUAGGAGCACAAAUGCUGCAGGUCCUCAGAACAAAGGAGCAUGAUACCCUUUGUAGAACUUUUGCUUGGUUGCAGUUGCAUGGAUCUAUAAAACAUCGCCCUGUUUUCAUUCAAUUUCAUUCAUUUAGUUGGAACCUUUUGAAAAGUGUUUGUUACAUUUUUCUGUUGUAACUGUUGUGAUACAUCAAAUGCUUUGUUUGCUUCGUAAGUAGUUACUUCGUCAGCUGAACCUGGAUCCAUGGCUGGUGUAGCCUAAGACAUGUACUCUGUUAUAUUUCUGUAUUGUUACUCCUGGUCUGGAAGCUAAAUAGAUGUUAUUGGCAGAAAA